AUGAUCAAUCUGUUUCUAUCCUCGAAAAAAUCUAUGUUCUAUGAAAUAAUAUGGAUGCUCUUUUUGAUCCCAUCUUUUGUUUUCUCAGAUAACAGGCUUCGCAGAGGCUGCAAUGCCCCGUUUAGUUGUGGCAAUCAAGAAGAUCUUUUCUACCCUUUCUAGAUAUCUGGCAGAGAAGAAUGUGGCCACCCCGACUUCAAGCUCGAGUGCAACACAAGUUUCGCAGAGGUUAGCAUCUCCUUCUUGAAGUUCAGAAUCUUAGAGGCGAACUUUACCUCUCGUAUCCUAAGACUUGCUAGAUCAGAUUAUAUUAGCAAUCUUUGUCCCAAAAACCCACUAAAUACACCGUUCAAUGAAAACAUCAUCCCUUUUGCUCCUGACACCGAUAUGCUGACAAUUUAUUAUGACUGCCGCCAAGACAUUUCACAAUCUGUUUCUACUUAUGUUGGAGAGCUUGCUUGUGAAGACGAUGUGAAAAGUUACUAUGUAACUAGAAACCUCUCAUCACCUUUACUUCAUGGGAUUAGUGGCCUUUUAAAGGACUUCAGGGGAAUUUGUAGAAGAAACGUCAGUAUUCCCGGUUCUAGACUAGCGCUGAAUACACUGGAGAGAACUCCGACUGUAGACAAUCUGAAGAAGGCUCUUGAAGAUGGUUUCAAGCUUGAACUAAACCGAGAUUGUUCCCUAGACUCUGGGGGUGCUUGUGAAUAUGAUCAGAUCUUAGCCAAGUUCGUCUGCUAUAAUGACAAACGAAGUAAGAUUUAUUGCCUACAGUUUUUUCUACAUAUCUGGAUAGGAUCAUUAAAUGCUGCUUCUGGAUCGGUGAUGUUCUUUAUUAUAGCUGGAUGUUUGUUCUGUCUCGUGACUCUCGUCAACCAGAGAAGGAGGACAUCAGAGGAUCCGAGACAACAGAAUCUAAAGGCCCUUAUUCCACUGAAACACUAUAGCUACGCGCAAGUUAGGAGAAUUACAAAUUCGUUCGCUGAAGUGGUUGGGAAAGGCGGAUUUGGAACUGUCUAUAGAGGAACCCGUUCUGAUGGACGUAUGGUUGCAGUGAAGGUUUUAAAAGACUCUAAGAGUAAUGGGGAAGACUUUAUUAAUGAAGUUGCGAGCAUUAGCCAAACUUCUCAUGUCAACAUUGUUACCAUGUUAGGAUUCUGCUCUGAAGGUUCCAAAAGAGCAAUUAUUUAUGAGUUUUUGGAAAAUGGCUCUCUUAAUCAGUUCAUCUCAAGCAAGAGGUCGUCAAAUAUGGAUUGGACGACGGCACUUUAUGGAAUUGCACUAGGAGUUGCUCGUGGUCUUGAGUACUUACACCAUGGUUGCAGAACAAGGAUUGUACAUUUCGACAUAAAACCUCAGAAUGUACUCUUAGAUGACAAUUUUUGCCCCAAAGUUUCAGACUUUGGCCUUGCUAAGCUCUGUGAGAAGAAAGAGAGCGUCUUGUCAUUGCUAGACACAAGAGGUACAAUAGGAUACAUUGCACCUGAAUUGUUUUCUAAAAUGUACGGUAGAGUCUCCCACAAGUCAGAUGUGUAUAGCUACGGAAUGUUGGUCCUUGAGAUGAUAGGAGCAAGGAACAAAGAGAGAGCUGAUCAAGAAGUUGAUUCUAACACAAGCUCGAUGUACUUUCCUGAGUGGAUAUAUAAAGAUCUCGAGAGGGGAGACAAUGGAAGGUUUAAAGAAGAUGGAAUCACCUGCGAAGAAGAGGAGAUAGCCAAGAAAAUGACAUUGGUGGGUUUGUGGUGUAUUCAGUCUUCCCCAUCAGAUCGCCCACCAAUGAACAGAGUGGUGGAGAUGAUGGAAGGAAGUGUGGAUGCUCUUGAAGUCCCUCCUAGACCUGUUUUCCAAAUUCCAGCAGCAUCUCUUCAAGAAUCUUCUACGCUUUCGGAGGAUAUAUCCAGUUCCACAGAAAUAUGUUCCAUGAAUGUCACAUAAAAGGAAAGAAAUCA